AUGUUCAGCAACAACAAGAUCUUCGCACUUUGCAUCGCCGUCGUGGCUCUCUCGAGCCAUGUGCAGGCCGAGAAGCAAGUGGCCGAGACGUUUGGACUACUCGGUGUACCUGGUGUCGGUGUCGGUGUUCCCGGUGUCGCUAGUGUCGGAGUGGGUGGCCCCGGUUACGUUGGACCAGGUGUUGGUGUCGGCGUCCCGGGCGUUGCUAGCGUUGGUGUCGGUGUGGGUCUAAACGGCGUUGGUGUCGGUGUGCCUGGUGUCGGUGUGGGUGUAAACGGCGUUGGUGUUGGCUUGGGGUGGGCGUUCCGGGUGUCGCUAGCGUGGGUGUGGGUGCUUCCCCUGUAG